AUGCCACCAGCAUCCGCAUCUAAGGCUAAGAGAGACGCUAAGAAGGCCGAGAGAGAGGCCAAGAAGAUAGAAGCAGGUAAGACUGUGAGAAAACUGGGAAAGAAGAAGGAUGCUGAGACCACCGAGGAUGGCGCUGAGCAGACAGCUAAGGACAUUGCUCAGAUGAAGUUGCAACAGGAUGAACACGGUCUUUCCGACCGUGUUGUUACUGGUGUGCUAGACUCUUUGCAGACUUCUAGAGAUAUCAAGAUGUCUUCUGUCUCUUUGCUAUUCCAUGGUAAAGUUUUGAUUCAGGAUUCUAGUUUGGAACUGAAUUACGGUCGUCGUUAUGGUCUUUUGGGUGAAAACGGUUGUGGUAAGUCUACAUUUUUGAAGGCCUUGGCCACUAGAGAAUACCCAAUUCCUGAAGCGAUUGAUAUUUAUUUAUUGGACGAACCAGCGGAGCCCAGUGAGUUUUCUGCUUUGGAAUACGUUGUUAGAGAAGCUGAACAUGAAUUGAAGCGUUUGGAAGACUUGGUCGAACGUAUCAUCAUCGAUGAUGGUCCUGAAUCUGAACUUUUGGAACCUCUAUAUGAAAAGAUGGACUCUAUGGAUCCAGACACUUUUGAAAGCAGAGCUGCCGUUAUUUUGAUCGGUCUAGGUUUCAAUGCAAAGACUAUCCUGAAGAAGACCAAGGACAUGUCUGGUGGUUGGAAGAUGCGUGUGGCUUUGGCCAAGGCUCUUUUCGUCAAGCCAACUUUGUUGCUACUAGAUGACCCAACUGCGCAUUUGGAUUUGGAAGCCUGUGUUUGGUUGGAAGAAUACUUGAAGAGAUUUGAUAGAACUUUGGUGCUUGUUUCCCACUCCCAGGAUUUCUUAAACGGUGUCUGUACUAACAUGAUUGACAUGAGACUACAAAAACUAACCCAAUACGGUGGUAACUACGACUCUUACCAUAAGACCCGUAGCGAACAAGAGACUAACCAGAUGAAACAAUACAACAAGCAGCAAGAAGAAAUCGUACACAUUAAGAAGUUCAUUGCCUCUGCUGGUACUUAUGCAAACUUGGUUAGACAAGCUAAAUCUAGACAGAAGAUCUUGGACAAGAUGGAAGCGGAUGGUCUGAUUCCAGCCGUGGUUCCUGAUAGAGUCUUCUCCUUCAGAUUCCCCGAAGUUGAAAGACUACCUCCACCAGUUCUUGCCUUUGACGAGAUCAAUUUCUCCUAUGACGGUAACCCAGAAAACAACCUAUAUGAGCAUUUGAACUUCGGUGUUGAUAUGGACUCAAGAAUCGCCCUUGUGGGUCCAAAUGGUGUUGGUAAAUCCACUCUACUGAAGAUUAUGACUGGUGAAUUGACUCCGCAAGCCGGUCGUGUAUCCAGGCAUACUCACGUUAAAUUGGGUGUUUACUCCCAACACUCGCAAGAUCAACUGGACUUGACUAAAUCCGCUUUGGAAUUCGUUCGUGACAAGUAUCCACAAAUUUCCCAAGAUUUCCAAUACUGGAGAGGUCAACUAGGUCGCUACGGUCUAACAGGUGAAGGUCAAACCGUUCAAAUGGGUACUCUAUCGGAGGGUCAGCGUUCUCGUGUUGUCUUCGCAUUGCUGGCAUUGGAGCAACCAAAUGUUCUACUGCUGGACGAACCUACUAACGGUCUAGAUAUUCCAACUAUCGACUCUUUGGCAGAUGCCAUCAGCGAGUUUAACGGUGGUGUGGUCGUUGUGUCGCACGAUUUCAGAUUACUGGAUAAGAUCGCUAAGGACAUUUUUGUCGUCGAACAUAAGACCGCUACCAGAUGGGACGGUUCAAUUCUACAAUACAAGAACAAGCUUGCAAAGAACGUUGUGUUGUAA